CUUUCGCGACUGUUGGCACCAGCGCCAUGGUGAAGUACUACCUCUCGGACCAGCUUCGGUCCUUCCGUGGUGCCGCGUCGGAAGCCGACUUGAACCAAUCUGUAGCCCUCAUAAGUGUGCUUCUCCUCAAUGCAGACGAACGCGCUGAAUUUGCUGUCGCAGACGGAGCCACCGCCCUCGGCGACCACCUAGUUCGACUGUGCAACGAACAAGCGGCAGCCCGGUCCAAGUGGAAAAGGUCGACAGCGUUCGGCUUUGACGUGUCGGAGACGGGUUUGCGACAAUUUGUGCGCUUUCUUCUCGUAUGUAUUGUCCAUGCGUCGUUGGAAGCGUCGAUGGCGACGCAAUUUUGCUCGGCCAACUUGCCUCAGUUGCUCUUUGACGAGUUCGUUCAGCCAACAGGAGACAUCUUUUCUACCCAAGAUGCGUCGUCGAAGCAAGACAACCAAGAAUGCGACGAAACGAACUCGACUGCCACGACGCCAGUACCAGAAGUUUCCCUUCGGCUUAUGGCCCUCGAAGCGCUGCGUAACCUGUGCUAUGUGGACUGGCCUCGGCCACAACUGAAUCACGCAGCACUAGACGAAUUGUGGGACAUGCUAUUGCCGAAGACUAGCCUCGAGACCGUUGAGGGCGGUCCAAGUGGAUCUAGCAAGGAAGAGCAAGUGGCGUGCGAUAUCUUGGCCAACUUGGCCUCCCAUGCACCUCGAGGCACCCAUGCAACGAAGGAUCGGGUGACGAAUCUCCUGCAGCUUCUCCUGCGCAUGAACGUCAAUAUACGACAGACAGCACGGGCGACUGGAAAUAUUUCGUCCGACACAAACCGUUGCACCCAAAUGGCAGCCUUGGCCGACUUGGCGGCGAAUCUUGCCAGAGACACAGAGUACUCGAUCAUUUUGAUCUGUUCGUUGGAGCAGGUCAAGCCACGAACGCGCGUGAUGACGUCCAGCCUCGCCUACCUUACGCAGUGGGCGGAUGACGCGAACGAAGAUGCUGGCCUUCGCAAGAGCUUGCAAAGCCUCAACCACAACCUCGCCUGGACAGACGUGACGACAAAAGUGUGCGUCCAGAAGCUCGCUGCGUCCACGUUCUUGAACAGGUUUCUCCACGUGCGUGCAAAUCAAUGACAAGCUUCUUGCACAUCAUGGGAUCGAGGACGCGACGUUUCCCAGUCUGUUCGAUCCUACUCCCUUCGCACGCUCACCGGCGCGACCUGGCACCACGACGCCUCUCUACCUGUUCGCAUACCUUGCCGGCCGCGUCUCGACGCUACCCACCCGCCUUCCGGCUAGCUAAAAUUACUGUAACCAAGUGCAUUGGAGACUAA